CAAAAAACGGCGCAAGACUUCAAAUCUGUGUAUAUAUUUUUAAAUAUCUAGACAAUUAUCGGGAAGAAUUAAAUAAUGUAUCUAAAAUAUAUGAUAUAUUUUAUUAGAAACGUUUAAGUUGACUUGGAAAGGAACCAGUGUCAUAGGUUGGCAGACUUUUUCUAUUUUGUGCGCCGUUACUUCAAAUAUUGAUUUUGGGCUGGACAAACGUCUGGUAGCCCAAAGAAAAUUGUGUUCUCGCUAUAAAACACGCAAGAAAACGGCAGCGUGUAAAUAUCUUUUACAAACUAAUAAAUACUCAUUUAUUUCUAAUUGUAACUAUGCCAUCCAUUUGGUUCUUGUAUCAAGUGUGUUCAGUUAAAUAGUUUUUGGUGUUUCUGACUAUUGAUUCAUAUUUAAUGUAACAAUUAUAUUGUUUUAUAAGAGUGUCAGUGAAUUAAUGUUACCUGUUAUCCUUUUGGAUGUUUUAGAAUAUAAUUAUUACCAAGUCUCCUAUUGGUAGUUGGUUUACCUGAAGAUUAUUAUGGCAGUUAAAUUUAGAAAUUUGAGAAAGUAGAAAUGACCAGUUUGACUAUAGCAUUAGAUAAUAUUGAUGUUAUUGAAAAUACAGAACAAAUUAGUAAAUUAUUUCCCAAGUGCAGACCAAGAAGUGAUAUUAACUUAAAUCCUAUAAUAGCCUCUGGAAGAGACCAUGAAUGCAUUGAAAAUACAACUAAUACUGUCAUGAGUGUCGACAGUGAUAAUGAUAGAUGGAUAGCGGAUAGUUCCUGUAAUGUUAGUAGAGAAAAUACAAGUCAACUGCACUCAACAGACGAUGAUGAUAUCAUUAUUGAACAUAAACAUACAGGGGGAACAUAUAAAUUGCGUGACUCUAGAAUCAUCGAAAUCGCCGGUGGACGAGAAAUAUAUUCACAGAGUCGAAGCAAAGCAUUGAGAAAAUCACGAAACUCCCUAUUGGGCGAGGAUGGGGAGAAAAAGAACCAGAAAUCGCCAAUGAGGCAGGGCGUGUGGGAGUUGCGUGCCAGGGGCGAAACGAAGAAAUCUCAAAACUCCCGCGACUACACAGAGACAGUAUUCUCAUCCGAAGUCUGCUCUGUGGCUCACGAAAAAAAUGCAGAAGUUGCUAUAGAAAAGUCUAGUCCAGUCAAUAUGACAUUUCCCGGUGAAGUAGUGGUUUUCGACGAUAUAGGCGAAACCUGGCACACUGAAGAAAAUAAAAGAAUUCAGAAAGAAAAUUCCUCGCACACUGCCCCAAAAAUAUUCAAUACAAGUGAUACAGAUAGCGAUAAAGUUACCAAAGUUAUAGGCAACCUGCCUAUAGCCGUUUAUGAAGGUUCUCCUAGGCGAUAUGGACAAAGACACAUGGAUUCGAAUUGUUCGCACCCGCAGCUUCCUAGUGCACAAAGUUUACUGGCUUCUCCCAGUGUUUACCCACCUCGACCUGGAUUUCCUCAAAGAGUUGUCAAUACACCUAGUCCUGUAGAAAAUGAUCCUAACUUGAAUAUAGAAAAUAAUUCAAAUAAAAAAUCUUUAUCUCCAAACGCUACGACAUCAACAUUCGACUACUUGUACGAGUUUUCGGAAACUAGAAAAGUAUUAGAAGAAUUUUUUAAGUGUCCUCCGACAGAUGAAGAAAAUAGGCUGGAGGUGGAAUUUCAAGAUCUAGAAUAUGAACUGAGGCGACAAGCGGGUGAUUCUGGGAACUCAUAUGUCGGACAAAGACUGGCUAAAACUCUGCCAGGAGAGAAUGAGUUUUGUUUGAGGAUAGAUUCUCCUAGGAAAUGUUUGAAUAAUACUAAUAUCUCAAAUAUGCAGGACCAUGAUAUUACAGAGCAUGAGAACAAUUUUUUAGACCUAUCAAUCGGUACCGGAUCAAGUGGGGAUUUGGGUGAAACCGAAGUGGGUCUGCAAGUAGGACAUAGUAGAAAUUUUACCCUUUCUCCUGAAACAACAGACUGUGACUCUAAUUGCGGAGAUUUAGAUAGUGAAGCGUCUUUAAUGCUUAUGGAAAAUGAAAUGGGACCUGCAGGUGGCCUCUUAGGAUCAAAUACAGAUUUAGUUAUCCCUAGUGAUUCAUUACGCUUAUACUCUAGUAUGCCAGUGUUAGAAGAUGGGUUGUCAUCGGGACAUGCCAGUGAUACUGAUAAUAAUAAUCCAACAGUAAUGCUCAUGAAGCGACAAAUAACAGAAAUUGAACGAGAAAUCAAUCAAGGCAUUUGCAAAUCGACAUCAACAAAAAUUAACGAGAAUGGUUUGUCGCCCAAAAAUGAAAUACGUAAUUCAUCUCCAAUUGAUAUAAAUGGUUGUGUUAGUAGUUUUGAAGAACCCAUGACAAUUUCUCAAACAGAUUCUCUUGAAAAAACUCCACCGCCCCCAGCUCCAGCUCCACACCGGUUGAUGCCGGGAGAAAAGGCGAACGAUGUAGAAGCAGCUCUAAAAGACAUUAGGUUAACAUUACAGCGAACGAAAACGUUGCCACUCCAACGCCAUCCUGAGGAAGACUGCGAAGAAACAGCGGCCAGUCCCAUUUGGGUACCGAGGCAACGGGGACUGUCUACCACCAGCGGGGAUUCCGAGAGGAAAGUCAAUAGCGGCGGUGAAGAAGAAGAAAAUGACACAGAUUUGGAAACUGAUCGACUGCUAGGACAACAAAGAACUGAUGACCAGGGUUUUUACGAUGAUAAGGGUUGGAGAAAACCUAAAACUCGGACUAUAAUGCCUCCGCUAAGCCUAGCAAAUCCUAAACAAAUUUUAAAUACCAUGGAUGAAGGUACCCUUCCCCUAGUCCCUUCUGAAACUCAAAUUUCUGAUCCUUCUUCCCCGACAGCAGUAUCCGAAAAAAGUCAAUCGCCCCAAAGCCAAAAAGGAUCAGUAUCUUCGAAUAAAGUCAAAAAGGAAAAAGAUAACAAAAAGAAAGGCAGAAACAAAGAAGAUGUUAUUCAACGAUCAGUACUCAUAGAAGGAGUGUUAUUUCGAGCAAGGUAUUUGGGAUCUACGCAGCUAGUUUGUGAAGGACAACCCACGAAAACUACAAGGAUGAUGCAGGCAGAAGAGGCGGUUUCAAGAAUAAAGGCACCCGAUGGUGAAAGUCAACCUAGUACGGAAGUUGAUCUAUUCAUUUCCACAGAGAAAAUAAUGGUACUCAAUACAGAUUUAAAAGAAAUAAUGAUGGACCACGCAUUGAGAACUAUAUCUUACAUAGCUGAUAUAGGAGAUUUGGUGGUACUGAUGGCCAGAAGGCGAUUUGUACCCCACGAAAUGGAGGAUGCACCUAAAAUCAAUCGUACCCCAAAGAUGAUCUGUCAUGUCUUUGAAAGUGAAGAAGCCCAGUUCAUUGCCCAGUCUAUCGGACAAGCUUUUCAAGUAGCAUAUAUGGAAUUUCUAAAAGCCAAUGGAAUUGAAGAUCAUUCAUUCGUGAAAGAAAUGGACUAUCAAGAAGUGUUAAAUUCACAAGAAAUUUUCGGAGACGAGCUUCAGAUGUUUGCGAAAAAAGAAAUGCAAAAAGAGGUUGUGGUACCAAAGGCAAAAGGUGAAAUUUUAGGAGUAGUAAUAGUGGAAUCUGGAUGGGGCUCAAUGUUGCCAACAGUUGUGAUAGCAAACCUCGCUCCAGCUGGUGCUGCUGCAAGAUGCGGGCAAUUAAAUAUCGGCGAUCAAAUCAUAGCAAUCAAUGGCGUCAGCUUAGUAGGACUUCCACUAUCGACAUGCCAAACCUACAUCAAAAAUUCAAAAAGUCAAACUGUAGUUAAAUUAACCGUAGUACCUUGUGCACCUGUUGUUGAAGUGAAAAUCAAGAGACCAGAUACUAAAUAUCAACUUGGAUUCAGUGUACAGAAUGGAGUGAUUUGCAGUUUACUCAGAGGCGGCAUAGCAGAGCGAGGUGGCGUAAGAGUCGGGCAUAGAAUAAUUGAAAUUAAUAACCAAAGUGUUGUCGCUGUACCUCAUGAAAAGAUUGUAAAUUUAUUGGCAACUUCAGUAGGUGAAAUUCUGAUGAAAACAAUGCCGACUUCCAUGUUCCGUUUGCUUACUGGUCAAGAGAAUCCUGUAUACAUCUAAGUUGAUAUUAAACGAGGUUCGAAAGUGCCUACUUGUAGUUGAUAUUGAACUGUCCCUGGGAAUUGUUUUAUUUAGAUCGUGCUUGAGUCGCAGAUCAAUAUAUUUUUUAUUGUUAGAAUAAGUUCAACAGACUGAAGACAAUACAAGCAAAGAACUGCGCUCUGCACAAAUCCUUUUGCGCUGAGCUUUCGUGAUAGACCAUAUCUCUGCUUUGUCGCGUAAUUAGUUUCAUCAUUUUAGCUAAUACAAAGAAACAAAAAAAAGCUGUUAGGUUUCAUACAUGCACUUUCAGAAACUGUUUUGCUCAAAAAAGAGUUGUGAAAUGAAAACCGUUUGUCCAGUAUGAAAUUUUAUUUUUUAAAUAACAAUCGUAGCUCAUUCUAUUGAAAAUUCGACUGCACUAAUGCUACAAAUUUAAAAAUAAUUGGCUUCGCUGGAAGUUAUGUAUGAGAGCCAACAGGAUUUUUGAUAUCCAUCAGAUUUUUAUCUAAAAUGACUGCAAUUAUAUCUAUUUAUUCGUUAUUGUGAAUGUGAAAAGCAUACCAAAGACUGGUUGGUUGGCUUUAAAGAAUAUUUCGUUGUAAUUUACAAUAAAAUAAAUUCUAGCUAAAUAAUUCUAAAUAAGUUGUUUUAUAUCCAUUUUGACAGAUCUUUAUUCUCUUAUAGAACUACUCUACAUUUUCCUGCAAGACAUUAUAUGUUGCAAUGUCAAAAUCGUUCUAUCAAUGUCAAAAUUAUUCAUCAAAAAAAUAACAUCACGUAAAAGCUUUAAUAAAUAAUGUGGGGGCAUGAUUAUCUGCUGGAAAAAGUAGAACCUUUUUAACGAAUGAUACAAGAUUUAUAUUUAAGGAACAUUAAUAGUAAAAAUAAAUCUUACACCAAUAUCUGCCUUAAAAUUAUAGAUUUAGAACGAUUUAAUUUUCAUUUAAAAUAUUAAUCGUAGAACUGGUGUGUAUUAUUUUUUAAGCUAAUAAGAUGGUUUUGAGCUACCAUUCGUUAAUUUAUUCGAAAAUUUAGAUUACUAGUUGAUAAAGUUUUUGAUAUAACAGGAUAUUUCUUGGUUUAAAGAAGUGGCAUUUCUAAGCGCAAACGAAUUGUGAUAACUUUUUUCUUUAACUUCCCACCAGAAAGAACACUUAGCUGCUGCUACUACUACCUAUAGUAAAUCAUAGUUUCAAAUUUUUGCAAACGCUAUUAUUGCCACGUUUUUAAUAGCUCCUUUGCGCUUUUAAAGAAAUGACAAUUCUUUUUAAUAGAAUUUAUUUAGAAUAGUAGUUAGAUAUUUCCGAGGGGUAAGUCAAAAUGUGUACCUAAUUCUUUGAAAUUAUCUCUACCGUAAUUCUCCGGCAAUUCCUUUAAAUCUACAAAUUCCUCGCAAUUCCCUACCCUUGUACCACCUCUAGUUUACCCCUCGGUUAUUUCAAUAACUAGGUUAUUAAAAACAUUAGUUUCCUGUUCAUUUAUCGACUAGUUGUCUUUAAAAAAAUCUGUCAAAAUUGUUGUUGGUGCUGCAUUUUUUAUAUAAACAUUUUGUUAAUUUAAAAAUAAUCCACCUAAAAAAAAUUGAAAUAAAAAUAUUUUUGAAUCAAUGAAAUAUAUUUUUGGAAUUUUGCAUCACAAAAUUGUAUAACUUUUAAGAUUUGUAUUCAACAUGGUCGAAACGGCGACCAAUUUUGACUUGUAAAAUAAAAAAUUGCAGAAAACAGUAAAAAUGCAAAUCGUGGAUUAUUUUUGAAUAAAUAUUACACAUCUUUAAAUGUUUAAUUGCUGGGUUUAGGUAGCGUCACUAAUUAUUUUCAAGUAUUUUUCUUCAUUAUUUCAGUUUUGUGAAACAUUAAUUUUUGCAAGAGGUAAGGUUACUGGUAAUUUUAUAAAAGUUACACCUCUACUAGUUGUGAAGAUGCUUUAGAUACCUAUAGGGUGUCCUUGAAAAUAGUGCAUUCUUCUCGCGUACUGAUACAGGUUGGUAUUUAGAGUAGAACAAUACAUAUACGGAAUGGCUACUGUUUGAUUUAUCUUAGGUAAAUUAAGCCGUAUAUUUUAUACACUUGUCUAUAAUUACAUUCCUAAAGGUUAGAGGGUGAAAAGGUAGUAGUCCCUGUGAUCGACAAUAUAUCGAAAAAAAUCACAAUAUUUUUCUUUAAAAGAUAAAAAUACAUGACAUGGAAUACAUAUCUAGUUAAACACAGAAUGCUUAUCCAACCAACGGUAGAAUAUACAUGAUGUCUUGAAGUAAAGCCACUUAAAAUAACAGAACAAAAAAUGCUAGGAUUAUGUGAAAAAAGUAUCAAGGAAAAUAUAUGGAAGUAAUACUGCGAACGUUUUAACUCCAGUAUAUCCAAUAAUUGAUUAACACAGAUUUUAUUGUUUAUUAAUAGACGCAAAGUCGUAAAUUGCUCCGUUUCUUUAUCAACAUCGGAUGGUUGUGAAUCUUGAGAGGUAAAAAAAUGCAUCGGAUGUGAAUAUUCAAACUUAGCAUAUGAAGUGAGUAAUAAUUAAUAUUUUUGAUGAAAUUUAACGAAAUUAGAAUCAAGUAUAAUACCUGAAGUUGUAUAGAAGUCUAAUAAUUGCAAUCAAAUUUAUAAAUUUGAAUAUUUUUCUAUGUACACUAUAAAAAUAAAUGAUAUAUAAAGGUAUGCAGAAUUCGUUACUCGACUGGUAGAUAAUAAACUAAGGGACUUUGCGGGAAAAUGCAUAACUCAUAAAAUAAUUCUCUUAAGAUUUUCCAAGCUUUCAGAAAUUCAUUUCCAUUAUCAGGGCUUUGCAUCUAGUUGUCAUAGAAUACAGUUUAAAAUCAAAUAUUUGUUAUUAAAAAAUCGUGAAUUUUACAUUCACCACGCGGUCUAGAUAUUUAAAUUUAAAAUUAACAGGAAAAAAUUCUAAAAGGAAAAUUAUUUGAUGGAUGAAAUUUUUAGGGCUCAUUCUUGUUCCACAAAGCUAUACCGCACGUAAUUCAUAUGUCGUGAUAUUCUCGAACCAAAGACAAAGCCAUCGCAACAAACAUUUAUGUUCCGGAUAAUACGUUGAAUACUAAUUAGACUAUUUUUUAUUAUGGGUCAUCGGUGACGAAUAAAUCUAUAAAUGGGUUGGAAAUAAUGAUGUAUUCUACCUAUCGCUUUAAGGAUUGCAUUACUUUCAGUUCAAGGACACCUAAAUUUUAUUGUUAACCACACUAAUAUUCUUUAUACAAAAAUGAAAUGGUGUAUUAAACAUUAAAAUUUUUCACCCCUUAUGUUAGAUGAGUUUUAAAGUGGUAGUGCUACCAAAUCCUUGCAAUAUUUAGAACUAUUGUAUUUAUUAAAUUACCAAUACUGAUGAAACUGUUGUAAUCUGUUUCCAAUACAUUAGUAAAAUAUAUACAAUGUAGACGUAAAUAAACAAUAUCAACUAUUAAACCAAUUAAAAUUGGAUACAACACAACCUUUCCCAAAUAAUUUGUAUUUAGCUUUUUACCAUAAUAAAAAGUGUACAUAUUUCAAGAUGGUGCUAGAAAACCAAUUUUACGUCUACAUUGUUUCUGUGUUCAAAAAUAUAUAUUAUAAACAAUUUUUCAAGAAAUAUUCCUACACCCAACCUUCAAUUGUGCUGGCUCAAGAAAAUAUGGUAAUAUCUAGUCAGCAUUAUCUAUUUUUUUGUAUUUUAUUGCAAAUUAUGUUUAUUAUUUUGUUAUUUGUUUGAUGUUCAAAAGUCAGUGAUAUUUCCAUUUACUGUAUGUAAACUCCCAGAACGGAUAAGAAGUUGUAUAUAAAAAUAGUUAACUGUUAUUAUAAAUGGUAUAUAGUACUACCGAAUCCUAUUCGAUAUACUUAGAUGAAAACGACAAUGCUUACAGCCAAAAUUUUCAGAAAAUUUUAACAAAGAACUGUGCAACCUAUAUUUCACGUACAUUCCAACAGAACAAAGAUGUGUAUUUUUAUUUUCUAUAACUUUAUUUAAUGAUUUAAGCCCUUUUGAACUAAAAUAUUUCUGAAAACAAUGUUCAAAAUAAAAUAAAUAAUUAGUUUUUAAACUUGCCUCAUGAAUAACAGCUCUUAUUUAUUAUUAAGUUCAGUAAAAUAUUAGUCUUUGAUUAAUACUGUUACUCUCCAUGGGCUCUAUAAACGCUUUACAGUAACCUUCCCAAAUAUUCAAUGAUAUAAACGAGAUGAGUAACAGUUUUCUCAAAUAGAGCCGAAUAACUUUUUCUUUUUCUUCUGGGGUGCUGUCCCAUUUUACUAUAAACAACUAAACCAUGACCAAUUACUCCAACAGGUGUUAAUGCUAGAACUUGCUCCAGAUCAGAAGCUUUUAAUGUAAAGAAAAAAGGACCUUUAAGUUCUGCUCUACCGUUUUUGAGGGGUGCAAAAUUUAAUUAACAAGUCUUUUGCUAUAUUUUUUUGAAAAUUCUCGCUGUGGGUAUCGUGGAAAUAUAUGAAUGCAUUCAUUGUGGACUCCUGCAUAGGUGUCUCCUGAUAAAAGUGAUCUUUACUACAAAAUUCAGAAUCUAUUAGGUAAAGUAAAUAGUAAAUAGUAUUUUUAUAUUUCCCUGAGAAUUUUAUAGACCCUUUAGAUGCCUGUAAGUGGAAAAUAACACGAUGACGAACAAAUUUUUUCUCUCUUCUCUCCAUAUUACUAAAAACUUUAUUGUUAAAAGAAAUUGCUCCAGAGAUACGGCGUAAAACGUAACAUUGUUUUAAUGGAAAAUAAUUGAGUAUGAUGAAAAGCUGCUACUUUUAAUAAAAAUCCGGAUUCCAGACUGAAAAAUCAUUAUUUACGAUUUUCACUGUAUAACUGAAGCAAUUUUCCUUUAUCUUAUUUGUUGCUUCAUAUGUAAGGUAAAACAUUUCCGAAUACUAAAGUAUUUUGUAUUAUGGAGUCUUUUAAGUGUAUUAAAUGUGAAUAGUUUAAUUUCAGUGUACAAUCACAUAGUUGUAAUACUCCAUAAAAACCUUGUUUUAUAUAUUACAAAUUUUAUUAAGUAUGUUUUAUGUACAAAAAUCCGUUUAGUUCGUUUUCAUUUUUUCAUUUUUUAUGUAUUAAAAACAAAUACUUCAAUCUAUAAUAUUUUUCAUUUCGAAUACCUAUUUAAAAAAUAAUCUAACCAUAUCAAAGCCUAUGAACAGUUCCAGUAAUCAAUAUUUAUUUUAAUUAUAUAUUUAGCGUUCUUUUGUCUGUAUAAUAAUAAAAACUUCAUGUGUAAUAUUUACAAAAUACAAUAUAAGAAAUUUAUUUGCUUGUUUCAUUUCACUAAAGUUAUAAAAUUCAUAUAAACCAUUUCCAAACAUAUUUCUUGAAGUUUUAUUUAAAUUUUUG